AUGCCCGUGUUGACGUCGACACGUGUUUCUGGUGCAAUCUAGCAUCUGAGGCGGCGACCCAUUUGAGGAAGGCUGCGAUGUCAGUAGCUAGCGUUUCUACUACGAAACAAGGCCUUUCUUCUGUUGAAAACGGUGUCUGGCAGUGGUGAAGUAGUUCAUAACUCUGUGACAGGGAUUAUUUUGCUUUGGCCGGUUUAUAAAGGAAUAACGUUAGCUGCGUCAUAAUAAGGCUUUGUUGUUAUUAGUGUCUUUUAACCCAGACUAAAGCUAACGGUAGAUAAAUUGAGCUUCACAGCUAACGUUAACCCAUCUCGCUCGUUCCUCGGGGCUGCCGACUAACUUACAAGACCUUAGCAUGCCAAAAGAGGGAGACCACCGCGAGGUUGGAGGAGACAAUGACUCGAAGGAGGAGAGGACACAGGAUGCUACUGAGGAGACAGUGAGGAAGAAGGUCCGAGAAAAAACUCCGAGCCCACACAGGGGAAACACUCCUCAAGCCAGCCCCUCCAGGUUUGCCUCUGUGGAGGAGCUGAUGGAGACAGCUAAAGGAGUCACCAACAUGGCUUUGGCUCAUGAAAUAAUGGUCAAUGCUGCUUUUCAAGUCAAACCUGCAGAGCCUCCUGAAGGGAGUUUGGAGCGCAAAGUGAAGGAGAUUGUGCACAAAGCAUUCUGGGAUUGUUUGGAGGCUCAGUUGAAGGAGAAUCCGCCAACGUACGAACAUUCCAUCAAACUGCUGGCUGAGAUCAAAGAGACACUGCUUUCUUUCUUGCUGCCUGGCCACGGUCGUCUGCGCUCCCGUAUCGAUGAGGUUCUGGAUCUGCCUCUAAUCCAGCAACAGGCUGAGAAUGGAGCGCUUGACAUCAGUCAGCUGUCCCACUUCAUUGUUGGGAUGAUGGGCUCGUUGUGCGCCCCCUACAGAGAUGGGGACAUCGAAAAGCUGAAGCAGAUCACCGAUAUUGUGCCUCUGCUCAAGACUAUAUUCUCUGUGCUGGACCUGAUGAAGGUGGACAUGGCUAACUUUGCCCUGACCAGCAUCAGACCUCAUCUGAUGCAACAAUCGGUUGAAUUUGAAAGGAGCAAGUUCCAAGAGUUUCUGGACAAACACCCCAAUGCCUUAGACUACACUGAGAAGUGGCUUGAGGACACAGUCAAAUGUUUGAGAGAGUCCGGGGCUGAUGGAUCUAGUGCUGCCACAUCUGAUCCUCCCUUACUCAUCUCCGUUAAUGUCCAUAAUCAUGCCUAUCUACGCCUGCUGAGGUGGGACCACACCUCAGAACCCUUCCCAGAGACAGUGUUGAUGGAUCAAGUUCGGUUUCAGGAGAUGCAUCAUGAGGCUGAGCAGUUAGUCCUGCUCUCCUCUGUGCUCCUCAUCAUCUACACUACCACAGGGGAGGCUAUCUCAGGCCUGCCAGGGCUGAUGGAGACUCUUAAAAGCACUGUUAAUGUCCUGCUUGCAGACAUGCACACACCGUCUUUUAGUGCACAGGAGGCUUUAGCAACCAUCGGAGAGAAACUGUGUGUUGAGUUGAGUCAAUGUCUAAGCCAACAUGGCUACUCUCCAUUGUCCCCCGACCUAAAGAGCACUCUGAAGGGACAAAUCUCUGCUACCAUCCAACCAGACAACAGAAUCCGCAAACUGAUGGAGUCUCGGGUUCACAACUAUCUCCUGGCUUCGCUGGAGUCCAGUCAACAUAAGACCCCUCCUCCUCUCCCAGGAGGUCUGGCUCCAGUCAGCAGGGAGCUGAAGGAGCUUGCUGUUCGCUUCAGUCGCCUCAUCAACUUCAACAAGCUGGUCUUCUCCCCGUACUACCAAAAAAUUCUUCAUAAAUUACUGACAGCAGGAGAGAGUCCCAGCACAGAGACGUAAACACUGAAAUGCAGUAAGAGUCAUGUGAAGAGUGGUCCGUAGUUUUGCAAUUUCCCCUCACUAGUAACGGUUAAGAUUUAGAGCAACGAGUUGAGGAAGCUGAUCUGUGUUCAGCAGGCAAAGCCAGUUCCCAAGAGCAUGCAACUUAAACCAACAUAAUCAGAAAACGGUGGCUACCGAAUCAGUUGCAUUAAAUCACAGUGUUGUUUAUAGGGCUGGGGCGAUUGCUUCUGUCCGGAUUUGUUUCUGUCAUGAUACAGGGGUGCUGGUAGUGGGAUUUGAUAGUUUGGAGUAAUGCGAUUUUUGAAUAAUACACUUCUAGAGACCAUUUAUCUUGAGACAUUUUUGUUUUCUAAAAAGAAUGCAUAGUCUGACAUUUUUUUCAAGUGCUUAACAUGUAUUUUUUGCUUUUUCUGCUUUACGGCUGUUUUGCUGGAAUCGGAUGUGAUUUAGUUGCCGUAUAAACAGAAAAUAUUUAGAUGAAUCGUUUAAAAUUAAUAAAAAAUAUGGAUUCCGGGGAAAAGAAUUGAUUAUAAUAAUCGUUGCAAAUCACAAUACAUUCAAUUUUCCAUUUUGUUUCCCACCCAUGGUUGCUUAUAUGAUAAAAUCGUAGGCCUCAUAACCAUCCAGCCAUCUUACGUUUUGUUCAGUAUUACUAGCAGGGCUGGGUAUCCAUCAAAAUAGCUUGGUAUCCAAGCCAAUACAGUAACUGUGUUUGAUAGGCUUCCCACGGUCAUGAAAACCUGGACAAGUCUUGGAAUAUAAAAUCUAAUUUUCCAGGCUAGGAAAAGUCAUGGAACUAGAAACAUGAAACAUGAAAUUCAGUUGUUUUUUCUGACGUUAUAGUUACAGUAAUUUUCUGCAGAUAACAACCUAACGUAACGUACCGGAAAAUUUAUUUUCUGCAGCUGUUGACAUAAUAUAGCACUAAUUUCUGCGUUUUUUUUUCCUGCAUUCUGUCUCUCCCUCCAUUUAUGCCUGCUAGCUGAAAACAUGUUUGGCUCUAAGGGUACGUUUGAUAUUUCAUGGCUCUCUAAUGACUAUACAGUUUGUGUCAGUCAUU